AUGAAUGAUCCACUAGUUAGAGUCGAGUCGAAUUUCUUACCUCUUCCUCCAUAUCCAGGGCUUCUAAGCAAAAUCUCGAUCGACAUACAUGACGAGUUCGAAGAAUUUGUUGAAGACCAAAACGGGAUGGUUACACACUUAGGAACGUAUCAUCCUCCACAUUUUCCAAGCAUCGAGCUGAUAACAAACAACUUCACUCCACGCAACAUCUCUCAACUCCUUCAAUCUUUCAUCGAAGACACUCGGCUUUGUCAGAUUUUGGGUGAUAGGAUCGGUCUUGAUUCUGCUUUUACUUUACGUCAUGGAUGUGGGUGUUUUCAAUUGUCGGUCGAUGUCAAACUGAUCAGAGAGGUUCUAGUUUUGUUACCGCCGUCUGUUCCUGUUCUGUCAAACGCUGCUUCUGAUCAUGUCUUACAAAGAUUGGCCGACGAACAGAGUGUGGAAAUCACUGGUUUGGAAGAGGGAGAAGAAAACGCAAUAUCGUGUUCAAUCUGUAUGGAGAAUUUCUCGGAAUCGAGUGAUGAUGAAAGCGUCAUUAAGAUGCCUAGAUGUUUGCAUCUGUUUCAUCAAGGUUGUCUCUUUGAGUGGCUUAAGCAACAGAACUCGUGCCCGUUGUGUCGUCGAGUUCCGUAUGGAGUGGAUGAUUACGAAGACUCUCCGCCUUUUCACAAUUGGUACUUCGAAUCCAUCAGUAAGAGGAGGUUCGGGUUCUUAAUCGGAGAUGGGUUUGUGUAUUUAGCCAUUGUUGAUGAGGUUUUAGGGAAAAUCAGCGUCCUUAAGUUUCUAGAGCAUCUCAGAGACGAGUUUAAGAAAGCUGCGAGGAAGAAUAACAUUAGAGGAAGCUUCACUGCGAUGAUUGGCUCUGUUAAUGUUGAAUACCAGCUUGUUCCUGUUGUUUCCAAGCUCAUAGCUUCGCUUGAGCGUGAUGCUGAGGCUGCUAACAACGAUUUGAAGACUAGUAGUCUUGUUGAGCAGACGAAUUCGACUAAAGCUCAUGUGAAAGCUUUUGGGGAGGUUAAACAACAAGCAAGAGAAGAAGAAAGGGAAAGAUCAUGUGAUCUCACUUAG